UAAAUUCCUAAUUUGUUUAUAUUUGGGGAAAUGGUAUUGUGCGCAGUUAACAAGUAUGGGUGGGAUUGGUGAAACUUUCUGCGGGAUUCUAAGAGUUGAGUGUUUCCAAAAUUGGUCAGAAGUUCUUGAAGAAAGAGUGCUAGUGGGAUUGGCACACACUGCUCAUGGCUAUUGUGCUUGUGAAGAUGUUUGUGGAAAUAGGUGCAGUCACUCGUUCACUUUACAUGAAAGGCGGCUCGCUGUGGACCUGAGCUAAUUACAAACGUCGUUGUUUUACUGCAUUUGAUCGUUCAUUUGGUUCAAACUGACGGCUUUGUGAGGAGCUGUCUUAAAUUAUAUUGGAUUUUCAUCGUGCUUCGACUUCGCUAACUUUAGACACCUGUUCACAGAAGUCAAAGCAAGAGACCGGGGCUACACUCAAACCGCAAUUUAGCCUACUAAAUAGUGUACCAAAGUAGUACCCGACACUAGUGUUACACCGUAGGUUUUGUAUUAUUUUUUGUUAAAAAUUUGUCUUUAUUUUAUUGUUGUUGCGAGGCCUCUUUGAAGUAUUGCGAGUUAUAACACUCAGUAAAGCCUUCUGGAUCCAGAGAAUACAAUGGAGUCUGUCGGGGAUGGAGCUGAAGACAGCCUGAAACACCCGGAUGACCUCUUGGAACCAUCACUGCAAUUUCUUCCAGCGUCUGAUGCUAAGAAGGUGAAGAAGAAGAAAAUAUACUUGAGAACCAUCUUAGUAAUCACUCUGAUCGUAUUGGCAGCAGUCACUGCACUGCUAGUAGUACUUCGAGUGAGGAACUUUCAUUCGAGAACCGAUGUAAGAAUAAAAAAGUUCAUUAGUGGUUCUCUGACGGUCGCCAAUCGGAGAUUCAUAGACUCUUAUGAGGAUAGCAGCAGUGCUCAGUUUAAAGAGAUGGCCUCUCAACUCUCCAAACAAAUAAAAAAUGUUUACAGUAGUAUGGAAAUACUGUCCAGAUAUUACGUCAGCUCCAGUGUUCAAGCCUUCAGUGAGUCUAGUGAUGACAGUGUUGUAGCCUACUUCAUAUCUGAGUUCAGUGUGCCAGAGGCUCAGGUAUCUGCUGUGGAGGAAGCCAUUGGGUCCUUCAUGCGGCCCACGAGGCCAGGAAAAACACGGUGGCUGUCCAAACACUUCAUGCCCACCAAGGAUCUGCUUAUCCACAAUGUGAUAUCUGCAGCAAUUGAUCCUCGCUUGGUUGCUUCAACUCUGAAAGGUCACAAUAAGGAGUUCCAUCACUGUCGUGCGGGUGAGACGGGCAUCAUCCAGUCUCCAGGCUUUCCUAAUUCUUCCUACGCUGCCAACACCUUCACUGAGUGGCAGCUCCGUGCUGACUCCAGCCACAGAAUUCGGCUGGAGUUUACAGCGAUAGACUUGGAGAAUGACUGCCACAAUGACUUCAUUAGAGUGUAUGAUUCUCUGGUGCCCAGUGAGAAUCAGGUCAUGGCAGAGAAAUGUGGACACUACACCCACAAUGAACAGUUGGUCUUCCUGUCUUCUGGAAAUAUCAUGUUAGUUACUCUGGUCACAAAUGGAGAGAAGAAUUUCCCAGGCUUCAGAGCAAAAUACUCUCAGGUACCUUCGGAAAUCCAAGGGUGUGGUGGGAAACUAACAGGGAUGAAAGGCACAUUUAUGUCUCCAGGCUUUCCCUCCAGUUAUCCCCCUCAGAUCCAGUGUGUUUGGAACAUUAAAGUUCCAGAUGGAAAACACAUCAUCAUAAAUUUCAACAAGUUUUCACUAUCUGAUCCAGGACAGAGCCCAGACAACUGUUCUAAAGAUUACCUGGAGAUUAAUGGCAACAGGAUGUGUGGACAAAACUCUGAAAACAUACCCCUCAUCAUCAAGACCAAUAAGACAGAGAUCAAAUUCUUCUCUGACAUGUCCUAUGUAGAUAAGGGCUUCGCUGCGCAGUUUGAAGCCUUCGAACCCUUUGAUCGUUGCCCUGAAAAAUUCCACUGUGAAAAUGAUGCCUGCAUUUCUCAGAGGCUGAAAUGUGAUGGUUAUGAUGACUGCGGAGACAUGAGCGACGAGAAGAACUGCGUCUGUAAUAAGUCUCACAUCACAUGUAAGAACGGCUUCUGCAAGCCCAAUUACUGGCACUGUGACGGGGUGAAUGAUUGUGGUGACAAUACAGAUGAGGAAAACUGUGGAUACUGUAAAGCUGGGGAAGUACCCUGUCGAAAUGGCCGCUGUGUCUCUGAGGAGAAGAAGUGUGAUGGCCAUGAUGACUGUGAGGAUGGUACAGAUGAGUCCAAUUGCACUAAAUCUAUUGUCCUCACCUGCUCCGAAUUUACCUUCAAGUGUAAGAACAACAUGUGCAUCAGCAAGCAGAACCCACAAUGCGACGGGCACAAAGAUUGUGAGGAUGGUUCAGAUGAAGAAAACUGCGAAUGUGGUACGAGACCAUACCAGUCCUCGAAGAUUGUGGGUGGUGAGGCCGCCAGUGAAGGCAAUUGGCCCUGGCAGGUUAGCCUUCACCUGCAGGGCAGGGCUCAUGUGUGUGGAGCCUCCCUAAUCAGCAACCUCUGGCUAGUCACUGCUGCACACUGUAUACAAGAGACUAACAGAUAUUCCGAGCCAAACCAGUGGGAUGUCUACCUGGGGCUGCACACUCAGAGUCAGGUCAACACAGCCAACACAGUGCAUAAGGAAGUGAAGCAGAUCAUCUGUCAUCCUGAGUAUAGCCCCCUUAGCUACGAUAAUGACAUUGCUCUGAUGGAGCUGGACAGCCCUGUGACCCUCAGCCAGUACAUUUGGCCUAUUUGCCUACCUGCAGCCACACACAUGUUACCUGCAGGCCAGUCUGUGUGGGUCACAGGUUGGGGUAGAAUCAGAGAGGAGGGACAUUUAGCGUCAGUGCUGCAAGAAGCAAAGGUGCGUAUCAUCAACGAAACAGUGUGCAGUCAGCUGAUAGAAGAUAAGAUCACGCCACAGAUGAUCUGUGCAGGAAUACUGACUGGAGGAGUGGAUACCUGUCAGGGCGACUCGGGGGGGCCCAUGUCCUUUGAAGACCCAGAAACCGGCCGCGUGUUUCUGGUCGGGGUCGUGAGCUGGGGUGAAGGCUGUGGCAGAAAGAUGAAGCCUGGCAUUUACACACGAGUCACGAUGUACCGCAGCUGGAUCCGAGAUGAGAGUGGGGUAUAAAAUGCACGUUUGAGGUGUGUGGGACUGAAGGAAUUCUGACCAAUCUCAGCCACUUCCACAGACCCAUUUUAGACCAAUCCCGCCUGCUCCCCAAAUAAUUUUUAUCUGGUAGCUUCAGCUGUUUCAUCUGUAUGUAUGAAUGCUUUAUGUUUUUAUUUUCUUAUUGAAUAUGAUAAAUGUUUUAUACAUCCGUGUAUUAUUUCAAAUGAGUUAUGUUUUCAGGGACUGUUAUAAUUGGUGCUGAUUACAUAUGUCUUAAAUAUGUAAAAUGUAAUAUGCAAUGUGUAGAUUAUGUGAAAUAUAACAGAAGGGUAAAUUCCUGCAUUAUGUGCACUUAUGUUAAUUUCUGUCUUAAAUCUAUGUUUUGUUAUUAAUUUUCUCUGGCAAAGAAAAAUAUCAUAGAAAUCAUUACAGUUUUGUAAAGGCUCCUAAUGGUUUAAUGGUUUAACUUGUGAUAUGGUUAAUGGUUUUAGAUUGCAAAUCACACAGGUCCUGUGGUCUCUGAUGGUGAUCUUGCAAAAAAUAUGAUGAUUACAUGGUGUCUAUGGCGAAUGGACAAAGUGGACUAUUACCUCAGUAAUAAUGCUGUAUUUCUCUGUAGUUGUCUAUUUAUGACAACAAGAAGACGCUUGUAUUAAUGCUUAGCUACUGUAGAGAGAACUGGCAAAUGGUUUAGCAAGAUACAACAAUUCACAUAUAGAUAUACAUACUAUAUCCUGGAUAAAGAAUGAGUGUAAAUCGUUAAAACCAUUGGAUUCUGAUGAAAAAUGGUUGGUUUAAACCCAUACUCAUUAAAAGUUCAGUGUAUUAUAUAUAAACAUGGAGGAUGUACUGUGAGUUUGGGAGUUACUGUAAGUAUAAUUAUUUUUAAAUGGUUUGUGUUUUUCGAAGAUUAUAGAUGUAUAGACUCCAUUCACCUCGAUUUGCAUUCCCACAAUGUGCCUUAUUUCUGACAGUUGAUUUACAGAAUAAAUGUAUUAAUAGUUUUGUA